AUGGGAGGUCGAGCAGUUCGAUCUUACGAGGACGCCAGCAAGGCGGAUGUGCAGGCCUUCUUCUUCAAGCUGCUGAAGAAGGAGGCCAAAUCCCAGCCAACCUUCAAGCCCCGCGUCAUGGUGAUGCUGCUGCAAUACCUGCUGCGGUGGCUGCAGUCCAGCGAUGCUGCCAAGAGCAUCACCAAAGAAGGCGCCUUCAAAGCCGAGGUCGUCACCUCGCUGCUGGACACGUUGACUGGGGAGAUGAGUCGCUGCAUCCGCUGGCGCCCACGCUGGCAGCUCAAGGCGACCCGUGCCCUCCGGAAGGUGUUGAUCGCCAUCUCAGAGGUUGCACUUCCGUGGGCAACAGCCUUCCUCCGCAAGUCGGAGGAGCCUCCAGCGCUGCUGGUGGCAGCAGUUACGACCACACCGGGCGUGGAUCGAGCAGUCAUGCUGGAGCUGUACACAAAGCACGUCCUGGAGGCCAAGAAGCCGCUCACGGACUUCGCGCUGGAGGCUUGGAAGCCGGUGGCCAAGCAGAGCUCCAGCGAGGAGCUGGCUGCCACGCUGCUGCCUACGGCCCUCAGGAUGAUGAAAAGGCAGCCCGCGGCCAGUGCUGUCUCCUUCCCCUCGCUGGUGGGGAGUGUGCAGGUCGACCUGUCUCCCCAUGCAAAGGAAAUUCUGGAUUUGGCGCCGGAGAAGCUGAAAGACAAGGACAAGAAGCUGUCCGGUCGCGGUUUGGUGAGGGACGUGGUCAAGGCUUCCCAGCUGCCAGCACUUCUCGCAGUCGCAGAGGCCUGGGCAGAGCUGGCGAAGAAGGCUGCCAAGGCGGAUGAAAAGCAGGCCACGCUGCAGGCGCUUGCGGAGCUCGCUGGCAACCUGCAGCCGGUGGAAGAUGGGAGCGCUUUUGCUAAGCUCAUUGACCCCAAGGGGCCGCUGGCCAAAGUGGCAGCGGAGGAUGCGAAUGAGGAGACUCGCUUCCUCGCAUAUCGCGCCCUGGGCGCCCUGGCAUUACCUUUGCCCAUGGCAGACCAGGAUCAGGUGUGCCAAGAGCUCAUGAAGCCCUUGGCAGACAAGAAGGCCCCAGACCGCGCGCGCCUUGCCGCUUUGACCGCCAUGGCCCAGUUGGCGCGGCAGCGCCAAGGCACGCCGCGAAGCUGGACCAGCAGCUUCGUGGACAAGGUGCUGCCAUGGCUGACGGUGGCGGCCACCAAGCCAGUGCAGCGCCUGCAGAGUUUGCUGGGCUUCGCGGUGUGCGGGUCCCUGGCGCAGGAGAGCGAAGUCCUGGGCUCAAAGCUGAAGAAGGACCAGCUGUCCUUGAUCAAGGACGGCGGGUCCUUUCUGAACGCCGUGCCGGUGAUCUUGAAAGCGCCUCACGCUGAGCUUGCUGCUCAGGCGCAGUUUUGGGGAGCGCUGCUGGGCAACCACGUCCCCGGCAGCCCUUCAAUGUUGGAGGCGGCCAAGGCGGUGCAAUGGCUUCAGUUGCCCCCCAGCCCGUUUGUCGACUGCAUGCCGGUGGCUCGCAGCGCCAUUGUCCUACUGGCAUGUCUGCAUGCCUCGUCACCCGAGCGGGCAGUCAAGCCAGAGGAUCAAAGUCCCAUCAAGUGCCUGGGCUUGCUGGAGAUUUUGCGCGAGGCCAAGGAGGAAGACGCGGAUGCCCUUCUGCUCCUUUUGGCGCAGGCCUUGGUUGCCUGGAUGGCGGAGCAGGCGUCGGUGCCUGCGAAGAAACGCCAGGUGAGCAGCUUUGCACUUCGCAAGACGCUGGUGGACCUGUGCACUGCAGCCGCGGUGAAAUCCGUGCAGCCGGAGACGCUGUGCUUGCUCUCCCUGGCUGCCCACCACCCGCUGCUGACCUCCCGGCGCUGGCCAGUCUUGAGACACUGGCGCUGGCUGCAGCGAGGGCCCUUGGGGGAGUGCUUCGACAAGGUGGGCGCGGGGCUUUGGGAACCGCUCCGUCGGCUGAUUCUGGCCGGCCGUGAGCUGCCGGCCUCUGACAUCACCGGCUGCCGCCGCGCGGCCGUGUCGGUGGCACGGGCUCUGACGGAGACCCAGGAAGUCACGCAACUGCUGCGGGAUUGCAUCAGCGCUUUGCCCAGUGAUCAGGUUGCAGCAGAAAAGCAGGAGGACGUCAAAGUCUUCUUCGCGCCCGAGGGGCUUCUUUGGAUUGAAGAGGGCGUCUAUGUGGCGGAGGAGAGGGAAAAUAAGAACAUCUCCUCCAAGAAUAAGUACCUGCAGGGUAUGGACGACGACGACGUCAAGGAGACGCUCCCGGCGUCCCGCAUGAAGUUUGCCCCGCUGGACCGCGACAAGGACAAGGAGAAGGUCAAAGCCAAGGACCCAAAGGCUAAGGCCAAGGCAAAGGCUGCUGCGGGCGAGAAGGGCGCAAUGACGCAGGGCCAAAUCGAAGAGGCCAAGAUCCAGGAGCAGUCCGAGACCCGCGCGCGUAUCCGCUGUUACGUGGAUCAAGGCAGCUUCGUGAUGGACGUGAUGGCCACCCUUGCUCAGAAUAAGGGCCAUAAAGAGGCCUUUGAUGAGAUCAUGCCGCAGCUGGUGCCUGUCUUCCUGAAGCUUUUGCAGUCCCCGCUUUCCGUUUUGAAGGCCCGUCAGUGCCUCCGGAGCCUUGUCCUGCUGGUGGUGCCGCCUACCAGCAUCUCCAGGCAAGAUUUGCUGGCUGACGCGCUCACGGUGGUGGCCAAGCAUUGGCUCAGCCGGAGCCCCGCCGCAGCAGGGACAGCUGGAGAGGAGCGCGUGUGCGAGGUGGUGCUGGAGGGCGUAGAUACGCACACAGCGCUUAGCGGCUCGACGCUGGCCCUGGUGCUGCCCAUUAUCUUGCGCUCGCUCUUCGACAGCAGCUCCCAGUUGCAGGACUUGUGCACAAAGGCGCUGCACUUGCUGGAGAGGCAGCUGGAGCUUGGAAUAAAGGUCUCGGAGGAGACGGCCAUGGAGGUCUUGGACUCCUUGAGCGUGGUGCUUUUGGCGCUGCCCGGGAUGGCGACCAGCAGCCAGGCCACAAUCUCUGCGGCCAGCAAGUACAUGAUCUCCUCCACGGAGCAGCUGGCAAAGCUGGCCGAAAUGUUUUUUUCAGAUGAAGACUUGAUGCGCUCGACCGUGAUUUCUGCACUGGCAGCCCUUGUGGAGAACCAGUAUGUGCAGGAGGAAACUGUGGACAUCGACGCGGCCAGGCCCGUGCUACGACUUGGGGCGUUGGAUGCUUCAGCCGAUGUGGCCAAACAAGCGAUCGAAGACUUGGAGCUGGGCGUAGACGAGGUGCUGAUGAUGGAGCUCAUCGAUUUUGCGACCAACAAGGGCAGCGUGAGAGCGGUACAGGAGUUGAUUGCGAAGGCACUGGCAGAGGUUCUCACGGAGCUGGACGACCCGCAGCACACGCAGACCGCGCUGGACUUGUUGACCCAGCAGUUUCGGGAAGGGCCGGAAUCCAGGCUAACCGUGGCGCGCUGCUUGGAGAGGAUCUAUGCCACAAAUCUGCAAGGUGAAGAGCAGGUUGCACAGGCCUUCAAAUUCCUGCUGCGCCAGGGUUUGGGCCUGACGAAUGGCGCCACACCCGAGGCCAGCGAACUGCGCGACGUUCUACUUGCAGCAGGCAUCGCGUUGAUCGAGAAGCACGGGGAGGAUUUCGCCAAUGACCUUUUCAACAUUGUGGAGGGCUUUGAGGAUAGCGCGGCAAGCAGCGCAGCAGGUGAGUCUGCGCACCUGGGCAUCGCGGUCUAUUUGGGUGCGCUCUCCAAGCAUUUGGGCGCGGACCACGCUAAGGUCCCGGAAAUCUUGCCUCGACUGCUGCAGAGGCUGCAGGACAAGACCUCUUCGACUUCUGUGCAGAAUGCCAUCGUGAAGGUGAUGCCGCCCUUGAUGAAGCAAAACAAGGAGCAAGCAGCUGAGACUUUGGACCAGCUCCUGGAGGUGGCACUGGCGCCCAAGACGGACCCCACCACCCGCCGGGGCGCCGCCAUGGGCGUGGGCGCCACGGUGAAAGGAAUUGGCAUCCAGUCCAUCUCCCAGCACUCCAUCCUCAAGAGGAUCGAAGCAGCGGCCGAGGACAAAAAGAGUGCAGCUGUGCGUGAGGGAGCCUUGCUGUGCUUGGAGGGCUUGACUCUGAACCUAGGCCGGCUGUUCGACCCAUACGUGGUGCAAAGUUUGCCGCUGCUGCUCCAGGCCUUCUCCGAUUCCCAGCGGGGCGUGCAAAAGGCCUCGCAGGUGGCUGCUGGGGCAAUGAUGUCACAGCUCAGCGGCCCAGGAGUGAAACAGGUUCUCAAGCCGCUGCUAGCGGGCAUUGAGGACAAACAGUGGCGCACCAAGUUGGGCUCCAUCGAGCUCCUGGCUUCCAUGACCAGUUGUUUGCCCAAGCAGCUCGCGGCCUGCCUGCCCCAGGUGGUGCCGGCCUUGUGCACCGUCAUCAACGACCAGCAUGCGAAGGUGAAGGAAGCAGCGAGAGAAGCCAUCAACAAAGUGGGCAGCAUCAUCAGCAGCCCAGAGCUUCGGAACAUCGCGCCGGAGCUGAUCAGCGCCCUCACGGAUGGGGCGCAGUAUGAGCAGAUCACACGAGAUGUGCUGGACAAGCUCUUGGCAACAUCCUUCGUCCACCAUAUCGAUGCUGCGUCCUUGUCCCUAGUGUGUCCACUCAUCCACCGGGCCAUGAAGGAGAGGUCCGCGGACAUGAAGCGGAAAGGUGCGCAGAUGGUGGGCUCCAUGGUGCUCCUCAUCAAGGAUGCCAAAGACAUCCAGCCAUACCUGCCCUUGCUGAUUCCGCAGCUCAAGGUUACCUUGGUGGAUCCCAUUCCUGAUGUGCGCGCAACUUCCGCAAAGGCGUUUGGUACCUUGGCGAACGCCCUGCCCGAGGAGAUGUUGGGCGACGUCUUGCCUUGGCUCUUCGAGAGCCUCCGCUCCUGCGAGUCCGCGGUGGAACGCAGCGGUGCGGCCCAUGGCUUGUCGGAGGUGCUCAUGGCAAAGGGCGCAGAUCAAAUUGCGACGCUUUUGCCAGAUAUCCUCAGCAAUGCCAGCAACAAGGAAGCAGACCCUGGAUCUCGGGAAGGCUACUUGGGGCUUUUUGUCUAUCUCCCUGUGGCAAUGGGGAAUGCAUUUGAGCCAUACAUCGAAGAGGUGAUGACUAUGUUGCUGAACGGUAUGUCGGAUGAUGUGACCUCAGUGCGGGAUACAGCUUUCAAGGCGGCGCAAACCAUCACCAAGCACUUCGGCUCUUCGCACACAGCUCUGCUUCUGCCACCUUUGGAAGAGGGCGUCUUCGAUGUGGACUGGCGCAUUCGACAUGGUGCCGUCCAACUCAUGGGCCAGUUGAUCCAGCAGAUCUUGCGAGCCCACCGCAUCCCCACAAACAGUGCCGAGCUCAUGCAGGUGGAAGUCCUGCCAAAGGAAUGGCGCUGCCACAUGCUCGCCUCACUCUACAUAGUUCGAAGUGAUGAGAAUGGCGUGGUGAAGCAGGCGUGCAGCCAAGUCUGGAAGGCUGUGGUGCAGAACACGCCCCGCACCUUGCGAGAGCUGCUGCCCACGCUGAUGACCCGCCUCAUCGCAAAUUUGGCCUCCACCAAUCGUGAGAAGCAGCGUGUUGCUGCGCGCUGUGUGGGCGACCUUGUGAGCAAGCUAGGAGAGCGAGUGAUGCCUGAGCUGAUGCCAAUUUUCAUGGAGACGCUGUCUGAAGGCGACCCACAUGUGCGGGAGGGCGUUUGCAUCGGCUUGGCGGAGCUGAUCAACGCCACUACGAAGGAGCUAUUGGCAGAGUAUUUGGGUCAGCUGAUCCCUGCAAUCCAGCAAGCCAUCAUUGAUGAUGACGAGUCUGUGAGGAGUCAAGCCAGCACUGUCGUCGCCUUGUUGCACACGGCGGUUGGGCCUCGCGCCACCAAAGAUGUGGUUGACUGGCUUCUGAGCAAGUUGGCCGAGGAGGAGGAGGAUGACGAGGACUACUCUGGUGAUUUCUACCUACAUGGCCUGGAGCAGCUUAUGAAGAAGCAGCCAGGGGCAGUGCUCCCCAUUGUGCUGGCUACGCUGACCUCGCCAUCGAAGAAAGGAUGGACAGUCCUUCAGGUGCAAGGCUUGGCUACUUUGGCGGUUGUACCCGACAAGAACGCGGUCCACCGACACUUGUCUGACGUGCUGCCCCUGAUUAUCCAAGUCGCAAGCAGCGCUGAUGAGUCAGAAGAGAUGCGCGAGAUCGCAGAAGAAUCUGCGGCUCGCCUUGUGGAUGCCGUGGAACAGCCUGGCCUCAUCAUCCUGCUGAACGAGCUGAUGGGCCCCAUGCAGGAUGCUUCCAAUGCGCGGCGGCGUGUGGUGGCAGCUCACCUUUUGCAGCACUUCUUCCAGACAACAGGCCUGGAUGCGAUCCCGGCGCUGAACCAGGCGCUGCCGGCGCUGCUGCCCUCCGCGCUGGCGGACGACCACGAGGAGGCGCUCAGCGCUGCCAUGGCGGCGCUGAACGCCGUUGUGAAGAAGUGUAAGAAGGAGGAGCUGGUGCCGUACUUGGGGGAGGUACGAAGCGCAGUGCUCAAGGUCAUCACCGACCCUGUCAGCAAGAAGGUGGACCCUGAGAUUCACCUGCCAGGACUUUGCAAUCACGGGGGCUUGGAGCCGCUUUACCCCAUCUAUCAGCACGCCUUGGUCCAUGGCAGCCCCGACGCUCGCGAACUUGCAGCCAAAGGUCUCAAGGAGUUGGUGGAUCACACCACGGAGGCCGCUUUGGCGCCGCAUGCCGUGAAGAUCACAGGCCCGCUGAUCCGAAUUGUGGGCGACAAGUUUCCGGGACAUGUCAAGAAGGCGAUCGUGGAAGCUCUGCAGUCGCUUCUGAGCCGUGCAGGUGCCACUCUGAAAGCCUUCCUGCCACAGCUGCAGACGACCUACGUGAAGUGCCUCUUCGAUCCCCUAAAUACUCAGGAGGUGCGCGAGAAGGCGGCGCAAUCCUUGGGCCUGUUGGCCAGGAGGGCUCCAAGAACAGAGCCGCUGGUCAAUGAGCUCAGCACCGGCAUGGCCAACCAAGCGGAUCCGGCGGCCCGCGUGGCCAUGGGCUAUGCUUUGGGCGAGGUCCUGCUGAACUUGCCUGCGGCGACGACACCAGCAGCACAGGAGAAGAUCCAAGCAGCGGUCUCGACCCGGGGCUCUGACGAUGAUGCCACGCAGAAAGACCGCCAGGUUUGUGGCUGGGCCUUGGGCGUGCUGAUGCGGCGGCAUUUGCCCACGGAGUCUGCAGUGGAUGUGCUUGAGUCGCAGGUGAAGCCAGCGCUGGCUUCCGCCUCCACACGCAGCCUUGGGGCCUUUGCCUUGGCAGGAAUCUGUUGGUGCCAGCAGCCCUACAUGGAGAGCCCGGCAGAAGAUGAGCUGCUGCAACCAGCUGAGGAGGCAGCUGCAGGUGCUUUGCCACAGCUGCUCAAGGACAGCAACGAUGAGGCGCAAUGCGCUGGGCUGGCGCUGGCGGCGAGCCUCGCCAAGCUCCGCGCCAGGAAGCCGGGCAGCUGGGAGCCGCUGGAGCAGCAAGCCGAUCGCCUCUCCGCGCUGAUCCAAGGUGACAGUGGCAUUGAGGGCCGCUUCCCCUUGCUUUGCGCGCGGCACCUCUUGGGUGCCUGCGCUGAGGCGAAGCCGAGCCUCGCGGCCAAGGUGGCUGCUGCUGCAGCGCAUCGGGGAAACCGACAAGAGGAUCCAGAGGAUGGGGAACGAGCAGUGGCAGCUGCCCUGCCGGUGAAGAACCGGGAUGAGGACGGCGUCAAGGGCUCCAUCGAGAAGCUGGCGGCAUCGCUGGACGCCAAGGCAGCGCAGAAUCUCAAGGAGUUCACUCAGAAGAGGAUACGCAGCUUAUCCUUUUAUACUGGUACCAGCGACUUUGCCUGGGAGAUGUGA